GCGUCAAACAUGCAGGGUGCCAAAAAAGCAAACAAACUCUAAUCCGCUACUGCUUGUGUAUCGCUAGUUAUCCCUCUCGAAAACGUUUCUAUUUACUGUUCUGUAUCCGUUUGGACACGUAAUAUACAAUUUGUAUACACAACUACUUCCGAUUAAUUUUAGACAACAAAGUGUGACGCUCUUGAAUUGCAGAAUUUGAGUGUUAAACUGGGUUUUGAUAACAUAUAAGGGUAGAUCGCCUGGUGGAACUUGGAAACAUAUUGAAUAAUUGAGCUUCAUUCAAACGCUUCCACACCAACGACACGAGCAUAAUGGCUGUUCACGAAUUUAAAGUCGAAAUGACAUGUACCGGCUGUUCCGGGGCGGUUGAGCGUGUGCUCGGCAAACUAAAAGAAAAAGUCGAAAAGGUUGAAAUCGAUUUGGAUAAUAAAAAAGUGUUCGUCACUUCAUCGAUGUCCGCCGACGAGCUGCUGGAAACGAUUAAGAAAACCGGAAAGGAAACCAGCUACGUUGGGGUUAAGAACUAAAUUAUACUGCUCUCGUGUACUCGAAUGGCUGGGACGUGCAAAGUACAGGGAAGACGAGAUAUUACUGAUAAGAACGUGUCCGCUAAAGUGACUGCUUUGGGUAAACUUGUGUUUUAAAUGUGGUUUUCUUUUUCUGUUUUUCAUUUACUGUACUCAGAUGGUAUAUUAUAAAACGUAUAGCAAAAUAAGCGAACAAUGAUGGACGAUAAAAGACCGUAAAAAUAAACGUAUUAAACUACUCAA